CACCAAGAUCCGCAUGGAGGUCGUCGAGGUGCUCAGCUUUGCCACGGCCCGCGCCCCGGAGCUCGGCGAGCUGCACCGCGCAAGUGGCUUCGAGAAGCAUGGCCACGCGACGCUCCUCAAGCGCCGCAAAGAUUUUCAUCUUCGGCGCCGAACCAACGCCUACAACUCGCACAAAUUUCCCGUGCGCCUGCGCAACAAGAAGAGGCAGGCAGCGGACCCAAGUGUCCAGCGCUGCCGAAAGCAUCGGCGACGACUGCUGCUCAAGGCCAAGACCGACUACCUCCCGACGCACCGCUGGCUCGUCAAGCGCUUCGUCAUGGAGCAUCGGUAUGGACUCCAAGUGCCCGCGCACCGACUUGACCGAAGCAUCUCGGCGGCGCUGGACGCACCGGCGACGAUUGCCGACGUCUCGUACACUGCUGUCAUCGAGCUCCAAGGGUCACUCGACGCAAUUGAAGAGGCUAUCACCAUGUGCAUGGACGGAGAUCUUUCGCCAGACGUGCUUGCUGGCGCGGUCGAGGGCAGCGUCGUGUUGUACCAUCCGUCGUGCUUCCCGCUGCAAGCCAUUGGGCCUGUCCAGCUCAUGCUUCAGCCAGCAGCAGACGACGACGAUACGUCGCGGGUCUGCUGGGUAUGGGUCCACCCGGGUAUCGUCGACGAAGUGCUUCACGCGCUUCGCGAGGCCGCGCUCGACGGGCUGCGCAUCCACGACCGCCGACGCAAGCUGUCUCGGUUUGAGAUCCGGGGCAAGCACGCCGGCCGCAUCAUGCAGCAGCUUGUCGUGCCGCACGGGACAUCGACGGCCCUUUUUUGGCCCAAAGACGACGCGACGCCUGUGAUUCAGACAUGGAGCGCCUGCGACCCGCGAGAGCUGCCGCUUCGCCAGCCGCUUGUCGCUACGAGCGUGAGCCUCCUCGCGACACCGUCGGACGUCGACAAAUCCAAGGUGCUGUGUCCGAUCACGGGCGAUGACAUCACCGCGCCCAUGGACCGCGCCGCGCUGGCGGCCGAGCCGUCGCUCGAAGCGCUCUCGACGCUCUUCGCAUCUGUCAUGCGCUGGGCCAAUGCUGCCAAUCAAGACACGACGUACGGCGACGUCUUUCCCAACAAUCCAAAGGCCACGAAGAAGCCAACCAAGCUAGCCGUGGCCACGGAUGUUUGCGCGUCUGUGCCCGUGUCGGGCCUCUGGAACCACGAAACUCGACUCGAGCUUCGGCGAGCGUUCGUGCCCGACCACACCGUGAACCGCAAGCCCGCGACGGGCCGGGCCCUGGCGCCAAUGCCGCUCCUCGUGGUGCGGCACGCCCACGGCUACGACCUCAUCACGCUGCCCGAGUACGCGCCAUGCGUGUUGAAAGCAGGUGUCUUUGCCACUGCCUCCGCGAUUGGCAUGGACGAACUUGAUGCGCUACGGACGCGGCACGGACUUCUAAGCUUUCCGCGAGACUACCCUGACACGCGCGCCGGCGCAGCCUUCUGGGCGUCCGUGCACGCCUCGGAAGAGGCCAAGGUCGCGAGCCGUCCGAAAGCCAAGCGUGUCUCGUAUGCGUCGCUGCAAGUCGCGUCACCGUUCCAGCCGUCGUGGGCGAGUCUCUUUGAGCUCAAUGACGCGAUGUCGCCCGACUUUUGCGUGCUCCGCGGUGAGACCUACAUGGCGCCGUUCCCGUUUUACAAGCCAUCGGAAAAUGCGAUGGAAGACCGCGGGUUCAUGCCCAUGGCCAUGCCGACGCUUAUCUGCGUCCAGUUGCAGCUGCCGCGGCGCGGCCGCCUCGACGUCAAUGCGAUGAUUUGCAUGCCCACGGACGACGACGUGGCGGCAUUUGUGGCGGACCGCAAGUGGAGUGGGUUCAUGGCGCCCACGACCAAGCAGCAGCAAAAGAAGGGCACUGGCCUCGCGGGCCGCGCGUGCAUUGGCUACGUGACAUCAGCGAUCGAAACCAAGAACAAGAGCCCGAUUCUGGGCACGGGCUUUUGCCACUGCGAAGCGCUCCAAGAUGUGUUCUUGCCCCACGUCGCCAACGCACCAUUGGGGCUCGUCCUUGUGAGAAGCCCGACAUCGCUGCAGUAUCGACCGGCGCUGCUCUCCGUGGCCGCCUAAAACGACAGGCGUGUCUGGACACCAUGGCUUACCAAAGUUAAUAAUGAAUGCUUCAUAUAGUACAUUUGAC